AUGAUCGUACGUCAGACGCGACGAUAUAGGUCAGGAGACCACAGGGCGGUGGCUGAAUUUCAGGGGCCGCUGGGAAGGGUAGUGGGUGUGGGCGGAAGGCGCUGGAGGAGAGACAAAGCGUCCUUGGUCAUCACGGCCGUCACUCAAAGCGAUGGGGGCAUCUACAUCUGCCUGGCCUUAAACAGCAAGGGAGAUGGGCACUCCAACGCUGUCCUUCUCAGAAUAGCCCAUAUUCCCCAGUGCAAAGAACCCAAGGAGAAGAACUUAGUGGUGGCCGCUAACACCUCAAUCAACCUCACCUGCGAAAUGGACGCCCUCCCGAGGAACCUGACCUUCACCUGGACCAUGGUCGACGUGCCCCCCUCUUCACCAUCCCGGUCUGAUCGACCUGACGCCGGGUCACUCCUCCGACGGGGGGCCGUGGUUAUUAACGCCUUCCCCGGGGUUCGCGGGGAGGAUGGCGGUGGCUCCUCCGAGGAGGCUCCGGAGGGGUCGAUUCUGCAGCAUCGGGUCGAUCCUUCCGAUUCGAGGCGGUCGAUUCUGACCCUUACCCCGACGGCGCCCGUGCAGCUCUUCUGCUACGCCCGCAACAGGCUCGGGCGGACUAGGAUACCCUGCACCUAUACCCUGGCGACUGUUGAACCGCCGGAAUCUCUGAAAUCGUGCAACGUCACGGCGGUCGAGACCAAAAGAAUAGAGGUCAGGUGCGAUGAUCCGGCGCCCGCCAGGGAUACCACCGAUUCGAAUGUGGUGCCUUUAAUCAACUACUCCCCUGGGCUGAGCUUCGUCAGGUCAUCUGAGGUCAGGACUACGGCUAAUAUGCAGGUUGGUUACUUUUAUUAUUAUUAUUAUUAUUAUUAUUAUUAUUAUUAUUAUUAUUAUUAUUAUUAUUAUUAUUAUUAUUAUUUUGUCGGAACGCUCUUGGCAAACGUGAGUGGAGACCGCCCUGAAUUCGACGUGGGCGGUCUGCCGGCUGGGGCCUCCCUCAAGCUCGUGCUGUAUGUCGUCUCCCCUCACGCCCGCUCCAAACCCGUCUACAUGUACGCCCAGACAUUUCCCAAGAUAUCUAUUCACUUGACGGACCCGUCACUCACCGACCCGGAACUCGACGACUUCCCGGGUGACUACGACGGUUUCUGGGACGCCCUGGACGUACGACGGUUUCUGGGACGACCUGGACGGCACCAUAGGCGGGGUGGUGGCUGGAGCCUGCGGGAUGGUGGUCAUCCUCUCGGGGGUGAUCAUCUUCAUCUGGUUCCGCCAGAGGGCGGCGCGGAGGAGAAGGAGGAGGAGGAGGGAGGACGAAGCAGUCCCGCGUCUUUCCCUUCAGCUCUUUCCUAG